AAUGUGUGGAAUAAGAAGAGAGACCACGCUGAACAAUGACGUGCUGUCCGCAGUGUGUGUGUGCGCGCGCUAUUUCUAAUGUAAUUACUAAUAGCAGACAGACGGAGAGCGCAGGAGCAGCAGAGACUGCAGCAUAUGAGCUCCACAAGAGUCUCCACUGGAACACAGUGAUAUAGAUGCUCACACUUUUAACAACUUUCGAGAGCAAACGUAGCGGAAGUGCAGUCAAGCUCAACCCGAGAAAGAGCACCUGUUACUAACAGCAGCCGCGGUCAUUUAUUUGGCCUGCCUCUAAAAGUAUUAUCCACAGUGAUCAUGUCAGAAUCUGUACGGAAGAUGUUGAGGGCGAAGCUCGUGGUGCUGGGAAGAGAUAACUGUGGGAAGACAGCUCUGUGUGUCAGAUUCAUCACCAGACGUUUCAUUGGAGAGUAUGAACAUAAAAGGGAGGUCACCUACAGGUGUCAGAAAAUCGUGGACAAGGAGGCGAUUGAGCUGGAGAUUUUGGACACUGUUAAUAAGGAAUGUGUGGGACCUGCUGCGUCGUCUCUGGAGAGUUCCAUUAAAUGGGGCGAUGGGUUCCUCAUUAUGUACUCUGUGACGGAUCGUGGCAGUUUUGAGGCUGUAUCGCGCCUGAAGAGACUGAUUGACCACGUUAAACAAACGCUUGGUAUUCCAACAGUCAUCGUUGCCAACAAAUGCGACAUGGAGAAUGGCCGAGUGGUGAGGACAGAUGAGGGACAGGCCUUAGCCUCAGACCUGAGGUGCAGUUUCUUUGAGCUGUCUGUGGCAGAGGACGCUUCAGCAGUGGAGGCCGCGUGCGCGCAGCUGGUGCGUGAAGUGCGUCAGGAGUUUCAGCGUCACCUGCUGGCUAUGGACAAGCGCUCACGGAUGCUGCAGAUGAGACACGCACUCAAAAACAAGCUCACACGGAGUAAAACCAUGCAGUGGUGACCAGAAAGACUAAACGCAGUUUCAGACAUGACAACCGUAGUGCUGGAAUCAGUAACCUUUCAGAGAACAACAAGUGCCUUUUGGAUUUCCAAAUAGUGUCACGAACGUUGUGAUCUUUGUGUGUUUAUGACAGACAGGAUAAAACACCAAAAAGCAGUGUUUUUUUUUUUAAAGGUGCAGCGUGCAAUUUAUGGGUCACUUAAAUAUAUAUAAUAAUGUCUUAAAACACUCCCUGCCCAUUGUUUGGACAAACAGGCAGUCUCCCCUCACACUUGCAACUGAUUGAGUCAGAAGCUGAAAUGUUUGAUGAACAGUUUAUUCUCUAUAGCAGGGGUUUCAGACUCAAAUCUUGGAGCGCUGGAGCCCUGCAGAGUUUAGAUUCAACCCUAAUUAAACACACUGGAUCCAACCAAUCAAGUCCUUCAGACUUAUUUGAAAACUACAUGUGUGUUAGAACAAAACUCUGCAGGGCUCCGGCCCUCAAGGAAUCCAGUUACACCACACUGCUCUACAGAAAGUCAGCCAGUCUGUGUGUUAAACCAGUUUAAGAGAAAGUACUUUAACAUUUCAAAUGGAUCCUAUUGACCACUCAGUUGACCUCUUCCUUUGCAUCAAAAUACUGUAAAUGAUGUCAUUCCAAUGCAAGAUUCAUUCUGUAUUUAAAUUGAAUUUAAUGUGUGAGAAGUCACAAAUGCUUAUUUAUAGGAACUAAAUUCAUUCUGAUAGACUGAGCUUGUCUAAUAUUAAGUCGAGCUUAAAAUGGCAGAUGACGCACCAUGUGGCAGAUGAUCCUGUUCUCAUGUGCCUCCAUUAGAUUGAAAUGUCAUGAGGGAACAGAACCAAUUAUACAGUUUUUUUUCAAUUUCACACAGCUGUAUUUAGACUUACUACAUCCUGGCCGUGUGCAGAAUACAAUCUGUGGAGUAAAUAGUUUCCAAAAUGGGUUACAGGAGAGUGUAUCAUACUGCUAAAUGUUGUAAUUGUGCAUGUAUUGUUUAAAUGUUCACAGCGUUAAUAUUUGCUGCUUUAAUGUAAAACAGAUCUUAGAGAGAACAAACGACUGUUUAAUUUACAAUUUUAUUUAGCAAAAA